AUGCAUAAUUUUGCCAUAGUUCGAGAUAAGACUGGGCAUCUGGAGCCGGCAUUGGCCUUGAUGUCGGAGUGCGUCGAGAUUGAGAGACAGAGGAGGUAUGGUGAUAAUCCUCCUCAAGACAGCAUCGUCUCUUUGCAGUGGCUUGCAAUAUUCUCGAAUAAAGCGGGACGGCACGAAGAGGCAGUCACACAGAUGGAAGAAUGCCUCCACAUUUCGCUGGAAGCCUUUGGGGAAGAUCAUGCUGAAACCAUCAGCGCACGAGCAUGGCUCGAAGAAUGGUCAAGAGAGGAAAAAGGAGAAAAGGACGAAGAGAAGGACGAAGAGAAGGAGAAGGGUUCGUCCGACAACGUUGAAUUAGAGUUGCUACAAGAGGAAUCAGUGAGCAAACCGUCGGACAACUCAUCCCCUCGAAAGCGCUUCAAGCAUGCUCUCUCCGGGGUUUUGCGUGGGAAUUCAGCUACGCGCAAAAGGAAGUGA